AUGUGCCCCCGGCCAGAGCGGGGGCAGAAUGGCGGUCGGUGGACCUUGGAGAGUGGUCUCGGCUGGGGCCCCCUCACUAACACUCAGCCCAAUGUGUUAAUAGAUCCAAUGCCAUCUUAUUUUCGCACUUCUGUGAGACGGCGAGGGGCGGCCAGGCGGGAUCGGCAGUCUGCUGUACUGAAAGAGCUGGAACGAGGGGAGGAGGAGGGGGAGGAGGAGGAGUGGAUGGAUGGAUGGAUGGAGGGAGAGGGGGCAGCGGUGGGUUCACAGCACUCUACGGAGGAGGUCAACAAGAAGGCAGGGGGCACAAGUUCAAGUGUGCGACACAGAAUGAUGGGAUCAGGAAGGCAGAGUACGAAUGCGAAGUAUCAGGUGUGAAUAGAUGGAUGGAGGGAUGGGUGGAUAAAUUUGGCAGGUAGGAGAAAGAUCACAGUUUGUAUUCAAGAAGGUUCGAAUUCAUUUUUUAAUCACUUGAUAGUCCGUAUAGUUAAAUUGUGAUAAAUUGCACAUUGCAGAGUUUUUAAAACCAUUAUCAGUUUCUGUUAUGUCGCAGGUCUUACAGUAAAGUCACAAAGCCUUUAAGCACAGAGAAAAUUAUGACAGCUACAACUAUAACACUUCAAAAACCACAUGGGCAGGAAGUCGAACUGGCAAAGCGUUCGACUUUUAACACUAAUCUUGAUGAUUAGAGUCUGAUCAAAACCAUUACUGGUGCAGAGAUGCUCGACGCACAGAAGCCGCAGACCUUAUUUUCUCAACCUUUUGUGGCAGAUCUCUUGACAUCUUUGUGAAAUCAAACUCUUUCUUUUAAAUAUAAAGAUAGACUUUACAAAAGCCAACUUUACAGAGUGAGAUUUUAAUUUUUACCUUUACUUCCAACAGUCUGGGACACCAAUCAAGUAAUUUUGCAUAAUCUGCAGCUCAAAAGACUUUUUAUUUAUCUUAAACUGGCAUCUGUAAAAAACCUUAAUUUCAGCACUUGAAUGAAACAUUUAGUUUUGGCUGCUUUUCCAGUGUUAUCAAGUUAUAAAAAUGGUUCCUGGAUGUUCCUUUUUAUCCAGCUUUGUAGUCAUGAAACAACCUUUAAAUUUUGCCUGUAAAGAAAUCAUCUGAGGCUGUAGCCAUUCGCGCUGACACUGGCACUUAGCUUUUGUUGAAUUAGCCUUUGCUUCUUAUACAGCUCAUGGUUUUGAGGCCUCAUUGAAGGUCUUAUAUCCAGCUCAAACUGGCCUUUGUUUACAACACAGUCAACAAAGUGCAGCACAACAUUGUCUUCAUAGGACAGCAGAGCCUGACGUCAGAUUGAAGCCAAAUCUCUUAAGGUCCAACGUUGUUUAUUUCACGUUUUGACACUUUGCUGAGGUCAAGUCUGGGCGUUCAUCACUGUAACAGUAUCUUUUGGGGUAUUUUUUUGCUGGUAUAAAAAAUUAAAGAGAGAAGGGAAAAAUUCAGAGGAGUGAUUGGUGGAUUACAUACAGUAAAGAGCUGAAAGUUAUGACUUUAUUAUGUUGUUAUGCUGUUUUCCAAACUCCUAGAAGUUCAAAGUGUUGCAGGUCUGAUACGACUGUAAAACGUCAUCAUGUUGGUAGUUGAGAACCACCCGAUGCCCCUGUCAUAACCAGACUGGUACAUGAUCAUGAAAGCAACACAAUCAUUAACGUCCAUAUGAGUCAUUUUGGAAAAUCUGUGCAACCUGCAACUGUGCAAAUACUGAUUUCUGCCAUGGAAAAGAGGUUUGUAGUCAAAUCAAGAAGAAUUGUGCGGGGGAAUCCCAAAACUACACGGUUGUAGUCUGCCUCAUCAAAAAAAUCAGUUUAAAUGGGUGUUAAUAUUCUUGAUGAUAACCGGCCUUAAAAACGGGGAAACCCUCAUUCAUUUACAGCUUAAGAUGGAGAAUAAAGGGGUCAGGUCGUACCCAUACAGACUCUGUAUACAUGCACGUCAAUCCACCUCUUGUUUUUAGUGAAUAUUAGUUUGUGUUACGGCGUUAAAAAGUAUAUUUUAUACUCUUUCUUAUAUCCACUGCACUAACUAGUACCCUGUUUUCUUUUUGAAGGGCAGCAAAACGAAUUGGACUGGCUGAUUCAAGUUCUGUCACUAUUACCACUUCACAUAUAAACCAGUAAAUGAACCACCCCCCCAAAAACAGGCCACUUUCAGUACUUUCAAAUCACCAAUCUAAACCAAAGUACCACAGCGGCCGUCCUCCGAUGCACCCACUGCUUUUGUUUUGCGAGAAAUGCGGGAUCCCUCAUUCACUUUCCAACUCCCACACGGUAUCAAAACAUUAGUCAGAGGUAACACAUCUGUCAGUCCUGAGGGGUUGCUCUGAAGUCACAAGUGUCGUCUUCUUUCAUCUCGCUUUUCUCUUGUAGAAAUGUGACAUACGUAGGCUCGAGGUUUUUCUCUGUGUGAAUUCUGAUAAGUGUUGCCGAUCAAGUAUCUUCUGCAGCUUGCUGACAACAGUUUUGAUGGGGGUGUGACAAAAGAACAGAAGCUGGGAGAAACUUUCUGAACAUGCUGCUGUCACAGCAAUAUCUCUGAAGUCAUUAAAAAUGGGAAAAUGAUGACAUUGUUGGUCAUCGCUUCAAAUUUCUUAGUCUUGUGUGUUUAUUCUGCACGUUGGGAGGAAUAGACAAUUUUAUAAGUAUCACAAGAUGCUGAGAAAAAAGUGAAUUCACUCUAAGAAGACUGUAUUGUGCGUAAAGGUGAUUGAAAUGUUCAUUUAAGGGUAUCUGGUCUGAGUGGCUCAAAUUGCAGACUCCACGUACAGAUAAACUGGCAGCCUGGGUUUUGGCUCUAAGCUGCAGUCCUUUGCUGCGUGUCAAUCUCCACUCUCCUCCAGUUUCCUGCUCUACCAGCCGAACCGUCCUCUCUGAGUACGACUAAAAUACAUAAAAAACAAAUAAUAAAAUAAAUACGCUUAAAAAUGGUCUUAAAUUAGGGAGAUUAUUUGCCACUCAGCACCACAUCUCUGCACUCACUGGUUCUUAUCGUGAAGCGGCAGCGUCAGACCUCCUCUCCUCUCUCUUUUUUUUAUCUACUUUUAUUUCUAUUGUUUCUAAGCUUGUCUCUUUUUUUCUCCUUAAUUUUUUUCAAUUCUUUCCUUUCAUUCUGUCCUCGCCACUUUUUGCUUCCCUUUCUCAUUCAUUUCUAUUUUCUUCUUUCUUUUUUAUCUCCCUUUCUCCUUUCUUUUCCUUUUUUCAUUCUUUAUCUCUUUUUAUCUCUUUCUUUCUGGUCUCUUUAUUUUGGUCUUUUUUCCUUCUCUUCCUUUUGUGUGUCUUUCUAUUGUCUUUAUUUCUAUUCUCCCACUUUUUCUUGUCUUUUUUUUGUUUUCCAUUCCUCCUCAUUUCUCCCUCUUUUUCUCUCGUCUUUAUUCCCUGCUAUGCAUUCUUUAUCUCUUUUCUUUCUUUCUUCUUGACUCUCCCGUUUUCUCUUUUUAUCUCUUUCUUUUCUCCUUUGCUUCCUUCAUCAUCCUCUCAUUCUUCUUCCUCUUUUUAUUCCACCCGGUGUUGAAGCCAUUUCCAAGGUCACCAUUGGUACUACAAGAAGCUGUGGCGAAGAGUCUAUGUCUCUUUUAAUUUUGCUAUUAAAGAGUCACUGAAUCUGGUUUAUGCAAACACAACUUCACUAAAAGAGACACUUUCUGAAUCCAGUCAAAAGCGAAGAUUACUGAAAUAAAAGUUUGUUUCUUAAAUUGGUGGAAAUGGAACCAAAUGACACAAUUAGCUUUGAAAAAAAUACAAAAAACUAACAGAUUAUUUGGAUCAUUUUAAAACUUAAUAUCUAAAAUGGAAAAAGGUUAGAAAGAUCAGAAAGUAUAAAAGUUCACAUGGACACUCUGAGGUGUCAGGAGGAGGGGGGGGGGGGGGGGGUGAAAAACGUGGGGGUUUCGGUUUAUAAGUGACGGAGCUGCAGCAGAGUUUGGCUCUGAGCCAAGUGUGUCUCAAGCAUUUUGGGUCCUCACCUUCCUCUGCCCCUGUCAGCCUGCUCAUGGUCUCCCUCUCUAGGCGUCAGAGAUGCAAAGUGACAGCCAGGGUGGCUUCCAUGUCAGCGAGGUGAGACCAGGCUCUCCGGCUAGAUGCCCUGACCAGGACCACCCCUUUGGGUCUGGGUGUGAAAACAGGAAAAAAAAAAAAUCCUCACUGCACUGUCUCACCAUGAUUAUAUUGUCAGUGCCCCCUCCUAACCUGUAAGAUAUCUUCACCCCUCCUUCUCCUCCUCCUCCUCCUCCUUCCUUCAGCUUCUCAGAGAUCCAGCAGUGGCAGAUUAGCAUGCUGUCAUCAAAGUGGCAGAGUACUAAAACAUCCAUUAAGCUUUUAAUCGAAGAGACGGUAGGACGUGCAGGGGGGAGAGGAGCAUGCGAUGUCGAGAGCGUCGGUAUGACAGAGCUCGUCUUUCAGAGGUGAGAAGUGACAGAGACUUGUCAAAGGUCACAGUCGGCCAGAGGCCAGCCCCACUACGCUGUCAAUCCACGCCGCUGCUCUUUUGUGGCACUGCACAUGGAUGCAAAACGCAUGAAAGCACACAUGAAAUGCACUCAUGCCUUUUUUUUUUUUUUAUCCCACCUAUUUACACCACACCUUGUAUUUACACCUCACCAUGCAUGUAUUAAUAGAGCCCUCUGAAGCUUUUGUUGAUAAAGUAAGCUUAGCCUACUUGUACUCAUAGACUCUUAAAAAAAACAGUGAAUCUUGGAUUCAUCUGGCCAGUCAGACUUCUUUUGUCUCCUCAUUUGAAGGCUCACACCUCCAGCGCGCUUUGUUACAGCACUGUCUCAGAAAAACAAGGUCUCUCAGCUGUUUAGAAAACAGAUAACUACAGAUGGGCUAGUGUGUGUUCAAGUAGUUUGUGUGUGUGAGUUUGAGUUGGCACGCUCCCAAAAUUGAUCUUUGAAGACAUCAAGGUCCUUUUUAAUGAAUGUUUCUUGCACAGAUUAAUGUAAACUGUGACUUUUUGUUCAUUUUUAGCCACAGUAGUUAUUAUUAUUGUGCUGCAGCCGAUGGCAAUUCCAGUCUGUUGAUCCUCUUGUCCAGCAUUGAAGCCCAAGCUUAAGAUUUCUACACAACUGCUUGAUGAAAUGGCAUGAAAUGUGACCCCCAAAUAUUCUGAAUCCCCAAAAUGAGGACACUACCACGUGGGGGCGGAGUCAUUGAGUCUUGCGUGGUUAAUUUAGUUUUUCAGGUUUGGUCGAGAGUUUUUUUACACACUUCUAACUCAAUAAAUGAAAUUAAAAAAAAAACAAAGGCCGGACAAGGAUGGACAUCCCCUAAAAAAGAGGACAUGUACGGGUAAAAGAGGACAUAUGGUCACCCUGCUUUAAGGGAUAUUCUGGUGUAAAAUUAAUUUAGGGUCAUAAAACACGUUUGAUGAUGUUUGAUGAUGUUUGCAUGUGGAGACCAGAGCAGUAGAUUAAAACAGAGUGGCGACAACUUCAGAUCUCGCCGCCGGAGCGGUCACGUGGUUCAUGUACCCCUCCAUAGUUCCAAAGCAGCCUGCACUGUCCAUGCUCUUCAACGGGGCAGACUGCAGUGAGCGCGCAUUUAAGAGGUAAAUAUUAAAAUUAACCGUCAAAAGUCAACAUUUGCAACUCUUAUUGGAUUACUGUGUACACGUCAAAGUCACGUACGUAUAUUUAGCGGCUGGAUGACAAAUAAAAGUGAAAUAAGACAAGUUUGGUAACACGUGUUACUUUUUAAUAAGAGAAAAUAAUAGAAUAAAGUGGUAAGUCACAGGUGCUACAAGCUGUUGAAACAAUUGUACAAUGUUUUGGUCUUGCAGCAUGGCCUGCAUAACAUUUUUUCAUGUUAAACAUACGCCUUAAAUGCUGACAGGAUUUAAAAAGUAGCGGCCCCUUUACUCUAUCAUCCCAUAAGCAGAAAUCAAAUUACAUAGCAUUUAUGUUAGUCUAAAAAGAAUAAAUUGCACAUAACAUCGGGAACUGAUAAAGGCUGAAAUCUAAAAUAAAGCCCAUAAGUAACCAUCUCAACAUAUGAUUGAUGAUGAUGAUUCAUCUGUGAUUCAUAACUCAGUCACACAAUACAUUUUGGCAGACCUCUACAGCUGACGACGUCCAGCUAGCAGGCCGUGGCUAAAAAAUCGAUCCCAAUUCCUAACUAAGAAAAGGGAAUUACAUUUGUAAUUACAAUUUGAGCAUACUAAAAUUAAAAUCAUUUUACAUGUAAAGGGGUCCCUCGAUACCAUUUACACACGUAUUGGCAUUAAAUUCGUUGAUACAAUAUUUUAACUCGGGGAGUGUGGGAGCAAACCGUGGCUAAAAAAUCGAUCCCAAUUCCUGACUAAAACAACGUAAUUACAUUUGGGAUAUACAUUUUUACAUAUAUAGGGAUCCCCUCAAUAUCAAUUACACAUGUAUUGGCAUUAAACUUGUUGAUAUUUUAUCAUUUAACCUCGGUGAGUGCUUGCCUUGUGGCCAUAGAAGCGAACGGCGUCCGGCGUGACAGGCGGUCAUGUUGGAACUAUAACGAGUUCCAUAACCCGGAAGUGGGGUCCGCCGGGCUGUACAGCGUAUGUCUAUGGGAGUGUCGCCACUCUGUUUUAAUCCAUUGCUCUGGUGGAGACGUAGACCGCGUUGUUUCGCUAUCCUGCUGUUGUUACUAAAGUUGGUAUAACUAGAGAAGCGGUCAGCAGCAUUCAUCUCUCAAGGGGGUGUCUAACCCGGUGUUACUGUGUGUUUGACCCUAAAUUAAUUUUACACCGGAAUAUCCCUUUAAAUAAUAUGAUGAUGGGCAGUUAGGUUCAUUGAUUUAGGGUCAAAAUUUCAGAAUAACCCUUUAAAUUUCAUCAGUACUUGGAGUAAAUAGACAAUAAAGAGGUAAACAUGACGCUGAAAAAUAAAGCCAGUGCAGGAGGUCAAAAACUGCAAUUCCUCAAAUGUCCACUUGAUACUUGUUGCAAAAGCUUUAAUACCCCCACUGGUUCCAUGUGAAAAAGCAUGCUUUUUCAAAUUUCAAAAUAAAAGCAUGUGUUUAUCUUGAGCUUAUUGACAUCCUGAUGCUGCCUGUCCUGUUUGAAGUGACAUUCGUACACACUCAGGACUCACAUUAACUCACACACUGCCCUUCAGAGUUUUGACCUCCCUGCUGCGAGGCAGUAAUGUCAGUGUUUGUGUUGGUCAGCAGGGUCUGUCCACACAGUCAGCGGGGUCAGCGGCCCCACAGCAGGACCUGGACACUGGGAGAAACACAGGGAGGGGGCAGAAGAGGGCACUAGCUCAGGUUCUGAGGGGUCCACUCAUCUUCAACUCCCAGCCAAGGCCUCAGAUGCCAAGCCAGUCUGUCGGGCCCCCCUCUCGCCACAGUUCUGGCCUCGACACCCUGCAGUUAUGGAGGCAUAAACUGGCAUAG